UGGAUCGAAUUCAUUAGUAGUCUUGGUGUGUUACUUUUAAUAGAAGUCUAACAGAAAGACAAUUGUUUUCGGCGUGGAACGCGUACGAAUAACAAUUCUUUGUUCUUUUAAGCUAUGCAAGUAGAACUUCAUUAAAAUACAAGAAUAAUAUUCUUGUUGAACUUUUAACUAAAUUAUGGGAAUUUUACAUUUAAAUAAAGUUCAAGUAAAUCCGUACUUUAAAAAAUUCCAUAUACGUAAAACUAUAUGAAGAGAUAAAGCUUGUAAUUUUUUAGGCCCUUACCUUAAUAAAAUCACAAUAUUGAGUACUAGAUCAUAUCUCUAGCUAUAUACCACGAUCGAUGGCGAUGGCGACAUCAGUAGUUUUUCCCCUCCUUUGUUACAUCUUCAUUAUUCUCGUCGCUCAACAAGCCACAGCUCAGAGCCCCGCUUGUGUUGAUGACAAAGGUAACUACACCCUUAACAGUACCUACCAUGACAACCUCAAUUACCUCCUCUCAACUCUUCCAAGCUCCCAAAACGACAACGGCUUUGGCUUUUACAAUCUCUCUUACGGCAACUCACCCAAUCAAGUUUACGCAAUUGGACUAUGCCGCGGAGAUAUCAUGCCCAACGUAUGCCAGAGCUGUCUUAAUGAGUCCACACAUCUUCUCCAAGAGCGCUGCCCCAAUCAGAAGGAGGCAGUCGCAUGGUACGACAAUUGUAUGUUGCGCUACUCUGAUCGCUCCUACUUUGGAGUCAUGGAAACUAAUCCACCACUUAUUCUCUCUAACACCCAAAACGUGUCAUCCGAUUCCGGUACUGUGGAGGCAUAUUUCCAAGCUCUUAGGAGCUUGUAUGAUAAUUUGAAAAGCCGAGCUAUGACUGGUGGUUCUCUUCGAAAAUUUUCUGUAGAUAAUGUAACAGCUCCAGGGUUUAAAACCAUAUAUGGACUUGUGCAGUGCACACCUGACCUGUCCCAGAUGGACUGCAACAAUUGUUUGGAUACAGCAUUUGGGAUCAUUCCGGGAUGUUGUAAUGGGAAAAUAGGGGCACAAGUACACCUCGGCAGCAGUUGUAAAUUUAGAUAUGAGGAUUACCUUUUCUCUAAUUCUACGGCCGCUGAUGCUCCGCCACCAUCCAUACCGACACUACCACCAACAAGAUCUCCUCCUCCGCCACCGAAAAACGCCGGAACGAAGAGUAACACACCAGCGAGAACAAUCAUUAUUGUUACUGUGACUACUGUUGUGUUUCUGGGUCUAAUCAUCUUCGCAAACACAUGCGUGUGUUUAAGACUGAGGAGGGAAAAGAAAAUGGCUCAAAAUUGCAAAAUAUGCAGAUAUAUGCAUGCCCUGUUGAAAAUUAAGAUGAAUUUGGGGGAGAACUUGAAGACUUUGUUGAACAUUAAUAAUGUUAAUAUGAGAGAUAAUAUUUUGUCUAGAGGAGCAGCCCAAGGUGAUCUCGAAUUCAAGAAUGAGGUCAUGUUAGUUGCCAAGCUUCAACACCGCAAUCUUGUUAGGCUUCUUGGUUUCAGCUUGGAAGGAAGUGAAAGACUUCUUAUCUAUGAGUUUGUCCAAAAUGGAAGUCUAGAUCAUUUCAUAUUUGAUCCAAGGAAGCGUGCAAAUUUGGAUUGGGAUAGUCGUUACAAAAUAAUAAAAGGUGUGGUUCGAGGACUCCUUUACCUUCAUGAAGAUGCUCGUUUGAGAAUUAUCCAUCGAGAUCUCAAAGCUAGUAACAUUCUUUUAGAUGAUGAAAUGCAUCCUAAGAUAUCAGAUUUUGGAACCGCGAGACUUUUUGUUGUUGAUCGAACUCAAAAAAGUACCAGUCGAAUAGUUGGAACAUAUGGAUAUAUGGUUCCAGAAUAUGUCAUGUAUGGACAAUAUUCUGUCAAAUCCGAUGUAUUUAGUUUUGGUGUAUUAUUUUUAGAAAUAAUAAGCGGACAGAAAAGAAAUUGUUUCUGUCAAGGAGAAGAAACAGAAGACCUUUUAAGCUAUACAUGGAAACAUUGGAGGAAAAAAAAUGCUACAAAUAUAGUAGAUCCAUUGAUGAAAGUUGGGUCAGCAAGUGAAAUAAUGAGGUGUAUUCACAUAGGACUAUUGUGUGUACAGGAAAAUUUAGUUAACAGACCAACCAUGAAUACUAUUGCUCUCAUGUUAAAUAGCAGCUCUGUUUCUCUCCCAUUACCCUCAAAACCGGCUUUCUUUAUGUAUAGCAACAUGGGAUCAGAUAUGUCAUUACCAUCAGAUUUCAAUUCAAGAAUAAAUCAGCCUGAGAGAGCGUCUAUAAAUGAAGCAUCAAUCAGUGAACUUUUCCCUCGCUAGUGUGUUGUUGAAUAUAUAUAACUUAAAGUUACAACAUGCAUGGUCUUUGUUAUCAUUAUUCCUCUAAGUUUGUAUCAUUUUCUCGGUCUAGAACCACAAUUUCUGUCUCAUAUUUAUUGUUCAACCAAUAACAUUUUAACAUGUGAAUUAAACUA